CUUCAGAGACAACACAUAGAGAACUCCCCCACACUUUCUUUCUUCCUUCUCCUCCUCAAAAUCCCAGACACCAAAAACAGAGAGAAAAGGGAAACAACACUAAAAAUCCCCAAUCUUCCUUCUCCUUCUUGAACCCAGAUACAAACACACAGAUUAGAGGCAAGAGUUCCGGCCAGUUACCAAAACAAAAGAAGAAGAAGCAAAAGGCAGCAGCAGCAAGAAGAGGGACAGCAGCUUCAUCCCUUCCACAAACAACAAGCCAAAGGUUGGUAAUCACCCAACCCAAUCAUCAUUAUCAUCAUCCUUUGUUCAUCACUAGUUCUUACAAGAUCAAACUCAAUCUAACUCCAAGCUAAUUACCAGAGGACCAAAGUGAUUUAAGAAGGCAAUCAAAUUACACAAUCUGGGCAUAUCGAUGUAUCUAUAUUGGUUUGAUUCCUUGCUAUCUUCGUCCUAUAAGCAAUCAGAAACAGAUUUGGCAAACACAAAUUCCAGAUUCAAAAAGCACCCAAAAUUUUUCAGAACCAAACCCACCAUUGCCACCAACCAAACAUUCCGGAUUUAUUCUCCAGAGGCAGCAAUGAAAAGCUAUCAUAGAAAACCACUAAAAAAACCACACCAAAAACCUAAAGAUCAUCACGCUUAGUCAUGAGCAAUGGCCAUGACUGGGUUUUAGAGUAUUUACUCCCCUAAACCAGAAAACCCAAAGGAAAAAACUCAGGCCAAAAUGGACUGAAUGCGCAGAUCUUGUCUUAGAACCGCGUUUCCCGGCCGGUAGAUGAGAGAAGUUGCUGGUGAAACAGAGCGGCUAGGGUUAGAGAUGAGAAGCAAGGAUUUCUUCCAAAGUUAGAUUAUAUGCUCGACCAGCAACUGACCCUUUUGCUCCUUAUCAUUCAUUAGAUUUACCCUUCCUUGCCACCAAGUUCCAACUUCAGACAUUGAGUUUGCAACUCAAUCCUAGUCAGCAUGACUCAUCGUCAUCAUCUAGGCUACUGCCUCUGUUUUGUUGAGCUAAUCUUUCCGUUUUGUAAAAGUUAAUUUAACUAAUGUUAACCUUCUUAGUUAGGCUAAACGAAAUAGGUAAAACAGGGACUGGAGCCAUAAAAGAUCGGAUACAUAGGAUUCCAAGGACAAUAACACAUUUCUUUCGCGGAAGUUCAAUUUUUGACACCUUCAAGGCUAGACGCAGACAAACUCAACAUUGGUUAUCAAAACCUUACAUUAAGUCUAAUUGAAAGGUCAUAAAGCAACUCCCAAGUCAAUUGGAUUGACUUGAUUUCAACUAUUUAACUAGUUUCCUAGUUAUUUUUGCUGCCAGUUUACUCUAAGAACGUUUAUUGUUUUAUGAGACUUAUUUUAUGUUUUGUUUCUUGUUCUUACGUAGGCAUGGCUUCACGUGUUGACUUGUGUGACUGGCUGCUGCUCCGUUGACAGAGAGAAGAAGAAGAAGAAGAAAGGCAAAAUAAGAGUUUGGGUUAGUGCUUUUGUUGUUGUUUGGCUGGAGAAAGUGGAGACAUGUUGUUCAAGGGCGUAGUGAGGGAGAUAAGAGACACCAUGGGGAGCAAAUCAAAGGGUAGGAUUAAUGGGAAAGGGAUGAACCAUCACCGCCGGGGAAGAGCCCACAUCGCGCCUGAAGGUGGGUCGGAGGUGCCUACUCAAUGGGGGAGCUGCAGCCCAGGAGACGACAGUGGCGUCAACGAACAACAUGGGUUAUGGGCUACUUUGCCGCCGGAGCUGCUGAGGGACAUAGUCCAGCGGAUUGAGGCAAGGGGGACCUCGUGGCCGGCCAGACGAGACGUGGUGGCUUGUGCUGCCGUUUGCCGGUCCUGGCGUGAGAUCACUAAAGAGAUUGUCAAAACCCCUGAACAAUGUUGUUGUCUCACUUUCCCCAUCUCUCUAAAGCAGCCUGGCCCUAGAGAUUCUCCAAUUCAAUGCUUUAUCAAGAGGGAAAGAGCAACUUCAACUUUUCAAUUGUACCUUGGUUUGAGCCCUGCGUUGUCUGGUGAUAUGAGCAAAUUGCUGUUGGCAGCUAAGAAGGUCAGGAAGGCAACGAGCACAGAAUUUAGAAUAUCCUUUGUGGGGACUGAUUUUUCUCAAGCGAGUAGAACAUUUGUUGGAAAACUAAGGUCUAAUUUCUUGGGGACCAAGUUCUCAAUUCAUGACAAUCAACCUCCUUGUCCGGAGUUGCAGUCAAUUUGUAUGCCACGUCGGAAAAUCAACCCAGUUCAGGCGCCUUCUUCAUGCCCUAGAGGGUAUGGAGUAGCCACCAUAGUUUAUGAGCUCAACGUCCUGCGUACGAGGGGACCGAGGAGGAUGCGAUGCACGAUGCAGACGAUUCCUAUCUCAUCUGUCCUUGAAGGCGGGACUGCACCUACCCCAACCGAGCUGACACAUAUCUGCACCGAGCAGCCUUCUCGAUCUCCCAGCUCAAAAGGGAAGAAGACUGUCAUCGUUGACUUGUGCUCAAGCAGCAGCCUUUCAGAUUCCAUGGUUGCCUCCGAGUCUGUGGGCAGAGAUCCUCUAGUUUUGAAGAACAAAGCUCCGAGGUGGCAUGAGCAGCUGCAGUGCUGGUGUUUGAACUUCAAGGGACGAGUGACUGUGGCUUCGGUAAAGAACUUCCAGCUGGUUGCACAUGCCGAGCCUUCCUUGAAUCUUCCCCCAGAGGAGCAGGAGAAAGUGAUUCUCCAGUUUGGCAAGAUUGGUAAAGAUAUCUUCACCAUGGACUAUCGCUAUCCGCUCUCUGCCUUCCAAGCUUUCGCCAUCUGUCUCAGUAGCUUCGACACUAAACCUGCUUGUGAAUGAUAUGAGAUGUAAUAGCAUUUUUGUGUUCCUUCAUCUGUUUACUAAUGUUGUUGUGCAAUAACAAUGCUUGUUGUAUCUUUUGGUAAAUUUUUGGGCUGUAUAUAUUCGCUUCUUCAAAAGAAAAACAGUGUUUCAUA